GAGGGGCAACCAGGACAGAAUCCGGCACCCCGACUGGGACUAGAACCCGGUGUGCCGGCGCCGCAAGGCGGAGGAUUAGCCUGUUGAGCCACGGCGCCGGCUGAGAAUUCCUUUUUUUAAAAAACAAAUUUUUAAAAGAUUUAUUUGAAAGUCAGAAUUAUACAGAGAGAGAAGGAGCAGCAGAGAGAGAGAGGUCUUCCAUCUGCUGGUUCACUCCCCAAAUGGCUGCAAUGGCCGGAGCUGGGCCGAUCCAAAGCCAGGAACUAGGAGCUUCUUCUGGGUCUCCCAUGUGGGUGCAGGGGCCCAAGGACUUGGGCCAUCUUCUACUGCUCUCCCAGGCCAUAGCAGAGAGCUGGAUCGGAAGUGGAGCAGCCAGGACUUGAGCUGGUGCCCCUAUGGGCUUACCAGCUAAGCCACAGUGCUGGCGUCCAUAGAGAAUUUCGAACAGGCUAAGUAUUAGCAGUUUCUGGGGAAGAGUUUUUUUUUGUUUUUUUUUUGUUUGUUUGUUUGUUUUUGUUUUUUUGACAGGCAGACAGAGACAGAGAGAAAGGUCUUCCUUCUGUUGGUUCACCCCCCAAAUGGCUGCUACGGCUGGCAUGUUGCGCCAAUCCGAAGCCAGGAGCCAGGUGCUUCCUCCUGGUCUCCCAUGCGGGUGCAGGGCCCAAGCACUUGGACCAUCCUCCACUGUACUCCCUGGCCACAGAAGAGAGCUGGACUGGAAGAGGAGCAAACGGGACAGAAUCCACCGCCCCAACUGGGACUAGAACCGGGGUGCCGGCGCCACAGGCGGAGGAUUAGCCAAGUGAGCCACAGCGCUGGCCAAGAGUUCUACUUCUUAACAGAGCUAAAGGAAAGAGUUUUACCCAGUCUAAGUGGACCUGGGCAGAAAGUUUAGUUAGAGCCUGUUUUAAAAUUCCAUUCAUUUGUUCUACUUUUCCUGAAGAGGGAGGUCGACAGAGAAUGUGAAAUGCCGGCCGGCGCCGCGGCUCACUAGGCUAAUCCUCCGCCUAGCGGCGCCGGCACACCAGGUUCUAGUCCUGGUUGGGGCGCCGGAUUCUGUCCCGGUUGCCCCUCUUCCAGGCCAGCUCUCUGCUGUGGCCAGGGAGUGCAGUGGAGGAUGGCCCAGGUGCUUGGGCCCUGCACCCCAUGGGAGACCAGGAAAAGCACCUGGCUCCUGGCUCCUGCCAUCAGAUCAGCGCGGUGCGCCGGCCGCAGCGUGCUGGCCUUAGCGGCCAUUGGAGGGUGAACCAACGGCAAAGGAAGACCUUUCUCUCUGUCUCUCUCUCUCACUGUCCACUCUGCCUGUCAAAAAAUAAAAAAAUAAAAAAAAUAAAAAAAAAAAAAGAAUGUGAAAUGCCAUGAGAGAAGAAGACAGGCAGAUAACCAUUUGAGUAAUCUGAGAGGUAUACUCUGGUCCGUUAUCUGAAUGGAAGCCAGUGAUCUAAAUCUUGCGAUAAUAUCGUUUAAAAGUAUAUGACGGGCUCUUCUGAGUGCGCCGGCGCGGCUGACUGUACACAAUUGGUGACAUGAGUGACACAGAAGAUGACGAUACUCCUCAGCUUUCUUCCCACGCCUUAGCAGCUCUCCAGGAAUUUUAUGCUGAGCAGAAGCAACAAGCUGACCCAGGUGCACAUGAUAAAUAUAACAUUGGAAUAAUAGAAGAGAACUGGCAACUGAGCCAGUUUUGGUAUAGUCCGGAAACUGCCCUACGACUCGCACAGGAAGUGAUUACAGCUGCUGGAGAAGGUGGCAGAAUCGCCUGUGUGAGCGCCCCCAGUGUUUACCAGAAGCUCCGAGAGCUGCACAGAGAAGACUUUUCCAUUUGCAUCUUUGAAUAUGACAAAAGGUUUGCCAUGUAUGGAGAGGACUUUAUCUUCUAUGAUUACAAUAAUCCACUGGAUCUACCUGAACACAUCCCUACACAUAGCUUUGACGUCGUGGUGGCGGAUCCUCCAUAUCUUUCUGAGGAGUGUCUCAGGAAGACAUCAGAAACCAUCAAGUACUUGACCAAGGCCAAGAUUUUGCUGUGCACAGGGGCCGUCAUGGAAGAACAGGCCGCACAGCUCCUGGGGGUGAAGAUGUGCAAGUUCAUUCCACGGCACACCCGAAACCUGGCAAAUGAGUUCCGCUGUUACAUGAAUUUCGAUUCUGGGCUGGACUGCGGCCUCUAACUGGCAGAGUGACACAAUACGGUAAAGGCCCCGGGUGACAUUUCCACGUCGUUGUAUUUUCUCAGUCGAUUAAAAAGUUACAACCUCCUCCCUUCCCCUCCAACUUCCCUGGCCUAAUUGUCAAAAUAAGGGACACAGCCCCUCAUUGUUUCCCUAAGGAGGCAUCCCUGGCGCUGGACUGUCUUCUCCGAACUUGAGUUCAUGGAAUUGGAGUUGGAAGAAAUCUGAGAACCUGUCUAAUCCACUCUCUUCGUUUAACAUAAGAAGUACAGCUUCUUGGCCACCCAGGGCCUCCUGAAUUAGACAGGACCUUGGCCUCUGCCUCAGGCCAGAGGUUCCUGUACCAGGGGCUCCUUCUGACUGCCCAGCAUCCUGAGACUUGCGAGGGCCCCCAGCCCGCGCCAGCCCCCAGGAGCAGUGCCGAGUCUCCCUGACACCGACGAGUGCAUGAGUGCCUUGGGUUUCUCUCUGCUUCCCAGGUCUGUGGGGCUGACGGCCGUGUGGCUCUGAGUCAGCUGAGAAAGUAGAAGCACCACCACCUGUACACCAAAUGCCAUAGCCAAAAACAGGGGACUGGGCGCAGGCUACAUUGUCACUGCUCGGCACGUCCGUACCAUGUCCGUACCCCAGAGCGGGCAGAAGGAAGGAACGAGGGUUCGUUGCAGCCUGGGGCAUCGGGCCCUGGGAGAAGAGCCAUCCCCAGAGAUCUUGCAUGGAGAAUGGAUUCGUGGGUGGCAGGGGUCGGGCUGGGGCAGGGCUGACGGGGACGGGUUCUGUGGUGCUGCGAUGCCCGUGUCUUGUGUGUGGUGGCUGUUUCACAGAUCCACACGCAUGACAGCCAUGCCUGCCCAGCUGGCGAGGGCUGCACCAGUGCCGGUUCCCUGCUCUGCCAUUCCCUAAGAUGCACCCUCAGGCAAAACUAGGCCAAGGGAGCAACAGCCCGUCCUGUAAACACUGGCAAUGUCUUGGAAAUCUGCAAUCAUUUUAAAGUAAAAUCUUCCUCAGAACUUAAUGUCCCAGGGCCUGCUUCGUAGCAUGACGUAGCAUGAUGCUACCUGUGACACCAGCAUCCCAAUGGGUGCCAGUUGGUGUCCCAGCUGCUCCACUUCCAAUGCAGCACCCUGCUAAUUCACUAGGGAAAAGCAGCAGAAAAUGGCUCAAGUGCUGGGGCCCCUGCACCCAUUUUGCAGACCCAGAUGAAGCGCCUGGCUCCUGGUUUCAGCCUGGCUCAGACCUGGCCAUUGCUGCCAUCUGGGGAGUGAACAAGCAGAUGUCGGCUCUGUCUGUCUCUCUCUGUGUGUGUCUCUCUCUCUUCCCUCUCUCUUUCAAAUAAAUAAGUGAAUCUUAAAAAAAAAAAAAAAAGUAUAUGACGGUGGCGAAACCUUUUUUGUUAGUAGUAGGGAAAACUUCCACCUACCCUGAGGUGUCCACCGUAAGGAAAAGGUAACAUGUUCACCUAACUGGUCAGUUUGCCAGUCCUCCUCUGGGAGCGAUCCAUGGGCCUUGUGAGUGGGGAAUGGGGGUGGCCUAAUAUUAGAGUUGGGGUUAGCAAUUUGACAGAUGCUACAUAUCUGAGAUAAGCUAUGCAUAGUUUCUUGUAUGGUGGGAGUUAGGUGUACAUAUGAUCUCAGGAAGUGAAAAAGAGAGUUUGGGUUUGAGUGAUUGAAUGGAGGUUUUUUAGGAAGGUAACUUGGAGAGAAGAAAGGAGCAUUCGUUUUUCAUCUAGAAACCACCAUGAGUCCUUCCUUGUUGUUGGAACGGAGAGAUUUCUAAGGCUGAAUAUGCAGGAGGUAAAUGAAAGAGAAAAGAUGGGAUUGUCUCCCUGCGAGCCACUGCUGUGGCUGUCAGAUCAGCCUGGUUGUUAACUUCAGAUAGGUGGUGUUUAUCUUUGGUGGCCUUUGCAGUGAAUAAUAGCAGGUUCUGUCGACAACUGGGCAGCAUCAAGGAGAGCUUUAAUCUGCUUGCCAUUAUUAUAAGGGUUCCUCGGGCUGUCAUAAAACUCCUUUAUUGCCAUAUCUGGACAUUGGAAUGGAUGAUAUUAUAGGCUUAUCGGGAAUCUGUGUCUAUAUUAACUGUCUUUCCUUUGGCUAAGGUUCAGGCUCAAGUCAAGGCUAACAGUUCGGCCACGUGGCAGGUAGUGCCUUGAGGUAGGGGCCUAGCCGCUGUGACCCCACGUGGGGAAGAAGAGUGUCCUCAUGGUACCCCUCAGUUCAAGAGAGGGCACUGCCCGUUUUCAGGCUAGAGGAAUUGCGUUAGCGCCUGCUGUCACGAGAAGUCCCAGGAAGGUGACAGAAGUGGAAAGUAGCUGAGUUCUUUGGAGAUACCCUAUAACCUUUUCAGCUAGAAGAUUUAAGACUAGUGCUACGUUGGAGACAGGUCUUGGGAGGGGCUCCAGAGGAGAAGAUCAUGAACAUGUUGAAGAAAGAUGCCGGGUGAAAGGUUAAUAGAGGCCAGAUCUGCCUGGAGGGAUUCAGGGACAAGGGAUGAAUUCCAAUUUUGUCUCUCUUUUGGGUAAUGAGCGAGAAUGGCUGAGGCUAUGUCCUUGUUCCAUCACCUUACACCUGUCACAUCUGUGCUUUCACACCUCUGUAGAGGUGGCAUUCCCUUUCCCCUCUGUUCAUUACAAGGGAUAUGAAGCUGCUAAUCCUUGAAGUCUUUUUUUCUUCUUCUAAGACUUAUUGUUUAUUUGAAAGAGUGACAGGGAGUGACAGAGGGAAAGUGAUCUUCCAUCCACUAGUUCACUCCCCAGAUGGCUACAACUACCCAGCCAAAACCAACAGCUGCGACUCCAGCUGAGUCUCCCCCAUGGGUGGCAGGGGCCCAAGCCCUUCAGCCAUCUCUUACUGAUUCCCAAGACACAUUAGCAGGAUGCUGGGUCAGAAACGGAGCAGCUAGGACUCCCGUGUAUGGGAUGCCCAUGUCGCAAGCACCAGUUUUGCCCACUGCACCACAGCGCUGGUCUCUCUGAAGACUUCACUCUGCUUGGGACGCACUUUGUUCAUCCCUCAGGUUUCCGCUCAAGGCUGCUUUCUGAGAGAGCCUUUCCUUGAUACCCACGUUUCUGCUGUCCCCUUACUCUCGUCCUGCUGUCCCCGUACUCUCGUCCUGCUGUCCCCUUACUCUCGUCCUGCUGUCCCCUUACUCUCGUCCUGUUGUCCCCUUACUCUCGUCCUGUUGUCCCCUUACUCUCGUCCUGCUGUCACCUUACUCUUGUCCUGUUGUCCCCUUACUCUCCUGUUGUCCCCUUACUCUCGUCCUGUUGUCACCUUACUCUUGUCCUGCUGUCCCCUUACUCUCGUCCUGCUGUCCCCUUACUCUCGUCCUGUUGUCACCUUACUCUUGUCCUGCUGUCCCCUUACUCUCGUCCUGUUGUCCCCUUACUCUCGUCCUGCUGUCACCUUACUCUCGUCCUGCUGUCCCCUUACUCUCGUCCUGCUGUCACCUUACUCUCGUCCUGCUGUCACCUACUCUCGUCCUGCUGUCACCUUACUCUCGUCCUGCUGUCUCUUCCUUUGUAGCACAUCACAGUUUCUACAGUUUCUAGUAAUGGUCACAUUACGCGUACACACACUUGUAUGUUAAACAACAUCUACCUCCCAAGAAGACCGUAAGCUCUUGGAGAACAGGGAUCCUAUCUUUGUUGGUCAGCAUUUUGUAUGUCGGUUGGAGCCUAACAUUUACUAGUUUCUCAGUAUAUACUUGCCCAGUGAAUGACUCACCACCUUUGAGAAACAUUCUCUAGCUCUUAGCACCCAUGUUUUACUACCUAACUUUAUUAUGACAUUUAUUACAGCGCUGUGUCAUCUCACUAGAUUGUUAGCUACACAAGAUUGCAGUUCAGGCCUGGAAUCAUGCUCAUUCAGGCUUUCUUUUCUCAUACCUUAUCCCUGAGGUUAACUGUCUUAGAGUCACAUUACUUGUGCAUUCAGGUAGCUGUUUCUACCUUCCUAAGGGGUUUCAGCCCCCUGUUUAUUUUAUGUAUUUGGCUUUCAGAUACAUUUCUGUUUGUUCAAUCACUUCUGUAGCCCCAGUUCUUUGCACUUCCCUCUUCCCCAGAAACAACAAAAACAAAACAUUGUCCUGUCCUUGGAGAAUAAUCUUUAUUUGGAAUCACAUUUCAGUUCGGUAAAGUAGAAUAUUGAAUUUACUGAAGAGGUUUUCACAGCACAAGGAUCACCAGCGGGAUACUUAUUGUGGUUCUAGUGUGUUGGGAUGAGGAAGGAUUGUGGAUUUUGGGGCAGACAUUUGGUAUGGUGGCUAAGAUAGCUCUUGGGAUGCCUACAUUUCAUGUAGGAAUACCUGGGCGUGAGUCCCAGCCCUGCUUACAAUUUCAGCUUCCUGCUAACGCGCAUCCUGGAAAGCAGCAGAUGAUAACUGAAAUGUUUGGCUCCCUGCAACUCUUGGGAGAUCCAGACUGAGUUCCAGCCUACUUGCUUCAGCCUGGCCCAGUCUCCGCUGUUGCAGAGUAAACCAGCAGAGGGAACAUUUCUCUCUGUGUCUGUCUGCCUUUCAAAUAAACUGGAGGGGGGGAGGGGCUAUGAAUUUGGCCAUUGAAUGAUUUUUUUAAAACUGUGUUUCCCAACUAGGACAUACUUCAUACAUAGUUAGAGCUCCAUAACUGUUUACUAGAUUCAAUAUGUGUCCUCAAAAAGAGUAUUUGACACUUGAUCUUAGCCAGAAGACCAAGAAACAAUUAAGCAAUUGACCUAAGAUCACAUGACAUGGAGGCCAGCACUGUAGCGUAACGAGUAAAGCAGCCACCUGUAGUGCUGAAUCCCACAUGGGCACCAGUUCAAGUCCUGGCUGCUCCCCUUCCAUCCAGUUCUCUGCUAUGGCCUGAGAAAGCAGUAGAAGAUGGUCCAAGUCCUUGGGACCCUUCACCCAUGUGGGAGACCUGGAAGAAGCUCCUGGCUCCUGGCUUUUUUAGAUCGACGCAGCUCCGGCCGUUGCAGCCAUCUGGGGAGUAAACCAGUGGAUGGAAGACCUCCCCCUCCCCACCUCUGCCUCUCUGUAACAACUCUGCCUUUAAAUUAAGUAAAUAAAUCUUUAAUAUAUAUAUAUAUACAUACAUGACAUGAAUUCUCUUCAUGAUCCCAUUUGUAAAACUGUUGGAAAUGCUAACCAAUACAAUAGACAAGUUUAACAUGAAAUUAUUAUUUGAAUAAAUGUAAAUAUAAAAGCCACAAAGUUCCAUAUAAAGAAAUAUAUCUGUGAUCUUGAAAUGAGGAAGGCUUUUCUGAAUAUACCUCAAAAUUCAGAGGUAAUAUUUUUAUUUUAUAUAUCACAUUGCACAAAACACUUUUUUUUAAAGAUUUUAUUUAUUUAUUUGAGUGUUACAGACAGUGAGAGAGACUGACAGAGAGAAAGGUCUUCUUCCAUUGGAUCUCUCCCCAAAUGGCCGCAACGUCCGGAGCUGCACCAAUCCGAAACCAGGAGCUAGGAGCUUCCUCUGGGUCUCCCAUGUAGCUGUGGGGGCCCAAGCACUUGGGCCAUCCUCCGCUGCCUUCCCGGGCCACAGCAGAGAGCUGGACUGGAAGAGGAGAAGCCGGGUCUAGAAGCGGCACCCAUGUGGGAAGCCAGCGCUGCAGGUAGAGGAUUACCCCAGUGCUCCCUGGUGCUGGCCCCACAAAACACUUUUAAAAGACAGCAGGGGCUGGCAUUGUGGCAUGGUGGGUUAAGCCACUGCCUGUCAGGUCCUGGCUGCUCCACUUCCAGUCCAACUCCCUGCUCAUGUUCCUGGGAAGGCAGUAGAAGAUGGGCUCCUGCACCCACAUGGGAGACCCAAGUGAAACUCCUGGCUUCUGGCCCGGCCCAGCCCUGGCCAUUACAACCAUUGGGGAGUGAAAAUUUCUCUCUUCUUUUUCUAUGUCCUUCUCUCUGUGUAACUCUGCUUUUCAAAGAAACUAAAAACAAAACAAAACAAAAGGACAACAAACUUGGAAGCAAUUAAUUAACACAGACAGCAGGGGAAUAACAUCCAUGGUAAUAACCCUCUUUUCGCUCAAUUGAAAAUAAUGGGGGGGGGGCGGCACUGUGGCACAAUAUGUUACGCCUCCGCCUGCGGCUCUGGGCCCAUAUGAGCGCCACUUCUAGUCCCGGCUGCUCCUCUUCCAGUCCAGCUCUCUGCUGUGGCCUGCAGUGGAAGAUGGCCCAUGUCCUUGGGCCCCUGCACCCAUUUUGGGGAGAAGGAAGAAGCUCCUGGCUCCUGGCUCCUGGCUUCGGAUAGGCGCAGCUCCAGCUGUUGCAGCCAUUUGUGGAGUGAACCAGCAGAAGGAACACCUUUCUCUCGCUCUCUCUCUCUCUCACUGUCUGUAACUCUACCUCUCACAUAAAUAAAAUCUUAAAAAAGAAGAAGGAGGGAGGGAGGAAGGAAGGAAGGAUGGAUGGAUCUGGGGCCAGUGCUGUGGCAUAAUGGGUAAAGCCGCAGCCUUCAGUGCCGGCAUCCCAUAUGGGUACCUGUUCAAGUCUCAGCUGCUCCACUUCCUAUGCAGCUCUCUGCUGUGGCUUGGGAAAGCAGUAGAAGAUGGCCCAAGUCCUUGGGCCUCUGCACCUGUGUGGGAGAUCUGGAUGAAGCUCCUGGCUUCAGAUCAGUGCAGUUCCGGCCAUUGCAGCCAAUUGAGGAAUGAUCCUCUCUCCCUCUCCCUCUCUCUCUCCCUCUCCCUCUCUCCCUCUCCCCCUCCCCCUCCCCCUCUCUGUAUAACUCUGACUUUCAAAUAAAUAACUAAAUAAAUCUUUAAAAAAAAAAACAAGCAUAGUCAGUAAGAUUCUAAAAGGAGUAAGUUAGGAAGAAAGGGAAUGAGUUCUACCAGAUAUUAAAGGAGGGGUGGAGUGGACUUUAGCCUAGUAGUUAAGAUGGCCUGUUAAGACCCUGGCUCUUGACUCCAACUUCCUACUAAUGUAGACUCUGGAAGACUGUUGUGAUAGCUCAAAUGACUGGGCUGCUGCCAGCAACAGUAGAAACCUGGAUCUCACUCUCAGUGCCCAGCUUCAGCCCCAGUCCAGCUAUGGCCAUUGGGCAUUUGAGGAUGAACCAGUGGAUGAGAAUUCCUUCUUUAUCUGUUUGUCUCUCUGCAUCUCAAAUAAUUUUUUUAAAUAUUUAUUUAUUUAUUUGAAAGAGUUACACAGAGAGAGGAGAGGCAGAGAAAGAGAGGUCUUCCAUCUGCUGGUUCAUUCCCCAGUUGACCGCAACUGCCAGAGCUGUGCCUAUCCAAAGCUAGGAGGCAGGAGCUUCUUCCUGGUUUCCCAUGCAGAUACAGGGGCCCAAGGCCUUGGGCCAUCUUCUACUGCUCUCCCAGGCCAUAGAAGGGAGCUGGAUUGGAAGAGGAGCAGCCAGGACUUGAACCAGUGCCCAUAUGGGAUGUCGACACUGCAGGCAGCAGCUUUAUCCGCUAUGCCACAGCACCAGCCCCUCAAAUAAAUUUAAAAUAUAUGACAAAACUAUAAUAUAAUGUGGUACAAGCACAUAAAUAGACCAAUAGAGCAGAAAAAUCAAUAAAUAAAUACAAAUACACAGGAAUUUUCAUGUGAUUUUUAAAAAUAUAGUAUUUAGGCCGGCACCGCGGCUCAGUAGGCUAAUCCUCCACCUUGCGGCGCCGGCACACCGGGUUCUAGUCCUGGUCAGGGUGCUGGAUUCUGUCCUGGUUGCCCCUCUUCCAGGCCAGCUCUCUGCUGUGGCCAGGGAAUGCAGUGGAGGAUGGCCCAAGUCCUUGGGCCUCUGCACCUGCAUGGGAGACCAGAAAGAAGGUCCUGGCUCCUGGCUUUGGAUCAGCUCAGCUCUGGCCAUUGUGAUCAUUUGGGGAGUGAACCAGCAGAUAGAAGACCUCUCUCUCUGUCUUUCAAAUAAAUUUAAAAAAAAGAAAAGGGCAAGUGCGGUAAAUAGGAGACGUGAUGCUGGAGAAGCCCACAGCAGCUCUAGGAAGAUGGAGAUCCUGGCAUAGCAGCAGUACAUCCAUGGGAAGGGCAAACAGGUCAGACGGGGCAGUCACCAAGUUGCUCACUGUCUUGCCCAAGAACAGGAUGCUUGGGUUACUCUGACCCAGAUUCUCAUCUGCACCAUGUACUGAUGAAUGCCUGCCCUCCCUUUGACCCUCUGCCACCUGAAUUAACCAGGACAGUCAUUUUACUCCGGGGGAAUAUUCUCUCACCUACUGAGAGCUGGAGGUAAGCCAAAAUGAACCAAGAAGCAGAAAGCACAACAAAUCUGUAUUAUCUCGACACCAUUCCUGAGAGCCUGAGCCUGACCCCUGCUACUGUACAGCCAAAUGUUCCACCCGUGCUGACUCAUUUCCCAGUGUGCUUUCUUAACCUUGCUGCACAAGGAAUCAGGACUCAGCAGUUAGCCGUCAUCAGACUCACAAUUCGCUACAAUGAAAGGACACAGAGCCAUAUCAGAGAGAAAAGGCAGUGGGACAGGGUCUGGAGGGAACCAGGCAUGACCCAGGAAUGCUGUCCAGCAGAGGCACACAGGACACGCUUUACUUCCUCCAGCGUGGAUUGUGACAGUGCAUGUGAAGUGCAGCCGACCAGGAAGGCUCAUUAGUGACUCAGUGCCCAGGGUUUUUACUGGGAGCUGGUCACGUAGCCCCCUGCACCAAGCAAAUAGCAAAAUUCCAGGCUCCCAGAAGGAAAACAGUAUUCAGUGUGAACCACAUUGUUUGUUCAGUUUAGCCACAGAAAGACACUGAUUUUUUAGAGAAUGGCAGGACCUCUCCUAGUCUUGUUCCCAGAUGCCAACCAAGGGCCAGUCUCACAAGCGUUCCUUUCUAAAGAGAGCUGUCCUGAGCCUGUUGUGUGAACUACAUGCCAGUGUAGUGAAAUCACAAUAGGCAGUAAGGGAGGGGUCAGCACUGUGGCGUUGUAGGCUGAGCCUCCACCUGCAGUGCCAGCAUCCCAUAUGGGCACCGGUUUAUCUCCUGGCUGCUCCUCUUCCAAUCUAGCACUCUGUUAAUGGCCUGAGAAAGCAGCAAAGGAUGACUAGGUGCUUUGGCCCCUGCACCAGGAAACCCAGAAGAAGCUUCUGGCUUCUGGUCGACUCAGCUCCAGCCAUUGAGGCCAUUUGGGGAAUGAACUGAUGGAUGGAAGACCUUUCUGUCUCUCCCUCUCAAAUAAAUAAAAAAAAUAUUUUUUAAAAAGUAAGUGAAUAUGUGGUGAUUUUUUUCUACCAAAACCCAUUCUCCCCUUCCUCCAUGGUAAUAGAGUUGUAGUUGGGCACGUGGCUGUAUAGUUGGACUGCAUUUCACAGUGUAGAGCUAAGUAUGGUUAUGUGACUGACAUCUUGUUAAUGAAUCCAAGAUAUGGGUGUUAAGCUACCUCUGGGUCUGAGCCUUUAGAUUUGUGUUAGCCAUUUGGCACAGUAGUUAUGACACUGUAUCCCAUAUCAGAGUACCUUCUCUUCUGCUUCUUAUCCACAUUCUUGCUACCGCACACCCUGGGAGGUGGCAGGGUAUGGGUCAAGGGCUUGGGUCCUUGCCACCCAUAUAGGACACCAGAUGAAGUUCUGGGCUUCGGGCUUCAGCCCUGAUUGUCGCAGACAUUUAAGGAGUGAACCAGCAAAUAGAAAAUAUCUCUUUCCUGCUCUUCACUCUUGUUGUCUCUCUCCCUUUCAAAUAAAAUGAAAAUUUUAUGAAAAGAGACUAUGCACUGUUCUCUUAAAACCUUUACAGUGCCUCUCUCGUAAUGUCUUUCUGAUUUCUGCUGUCCUGUAUCCAUAAAUGCCAAAGGCAACAGCUGUGACCAUGCAGGUGGUGAAAUGCUCUCACGACUGUGGAAAACAAAGAUGUAAGGAAUCAGGUUCUGUGAAUGAACACAAGCACUGCCUGUCACCCUGGACCGUUCAUGUUGGAUUGGCAUGUGAGAGUCAAGUAAACUUUUUCUUUUUAUUUUAUUUUAUUUUAUUUUAUUUUAUUAUUAUUAUUUUUUUUUUUUUUGACAGGCAGAGUGGACAGUGAGAGAGAGAGACAGAGAGAAAGGUCUUCCUUUGCCGUUGGUUCACCCUCCAAUGGCGCUGCGGCCGGCGCACUGCGCCAAUCCGGUGGCAGGAGCCAGGAGCCAGGUGCUUUUCCUGGUCUCCCAUGGGGUGCAGGGCCCAAGCACCUGGGCCAUCCUCCACUGCACUCCCGGGCCACAGCAGAGAGCUGGACUGGAAGAGGGGCAACCGGGACUAGAACCCGGUGUGCCGGCGCCGCUAGGCGGAGGAUUAGCCUAGUGAGCCGCGGCGCCGGCCAACUUUUUCUUUUUAGAUUUAUUUGAGAGGCAGAGCAGCAGAGGAAGAAGCAGAGGCAGAAAGAGAAAUGUCCUGUACCUUGGUUCAGUCCCCAAAAAGAUGCAGUGGCCAAGGCUGAGCCAGGCAGAAGCCAAAUAAGAGAUAGAAGUAAGGUACAUACAAAUUUAGAAAAGUAGGGGCAAAAGUUUUGACUUUUUUAUGGUAGGAUCAAAUACUUAGAAAAUCCAUGAGAAUUAUCUACAAAACUGCUUCUAAUAUGGGAUUUUGGUUACAGGGUAUAAGAUUAUAGAAACUGGAAGCCUUUGUAUACACAGAUACAGCACUGUGUGGAUGUCCUCGUGUGUGCCCCUUCACCGCCGCCCAUGGUGCUCCAGAACAAGGUAGCUGGGUCACAGGGCUCAGGUCAUCUUCAUUUGGCAGAAGCCACCAGGUGGCUGUCCUGACCACCUACACCAGCUGACAUAUCCACUGGUAUCCCUGCCAGUACUUCCUGGGUCCCCUGCACGGAAGAAAACACAGGGUCUAGGAGGGUGGUAAAGGAAUCCCCAGGGUAUCAGCAGGCAUGGGUCGGAGCACCACUGCGUGCGGCCUCACCCUCCCGACCCUCUCACAGAGUUCAGGACCGCAGGGCAAACUGGCCGUGUGCUUCGCCGAAAUUGUGUGUGGCAGCAGCCCUUCUCUCUGUAAAACAGUUUCUGCCUUCUCUCAGAAUCGCUCUCUCAUUCCCUAAGCAGUGCAUCUGUCCCUUCUUUGUCCCUCGUAAGAACAACCUGAAAGAACAUUUUUGUUGUCCUUUGAAUUUUGGCACACAUGGCACAGUCCUGCUGACAGGGUUCUCCAGAUCCAUCUCUAGUUAUGCUUUCCUUCCUCUAGAUUUUGUCCAUCCUCUCACAAAACUAGGCUGCAGUGAGCUCUGGCUGGCACGCUGCUUCCUCUCCCACAUUCCUCUUUUCAUCUUCAUCAUGAUUAAUUUAUGAUUGUAUAAUCGAGAUUUCUUUUUAAAGAAGCUACAUGCUUCAUAUUAGGUAACAGAACCCAAAGUUCCUGAGUGAAUGGUGGCUCUUUGCUGCUCACUGAAAGUAAAAAGCUAAUAAAAUAAUUGGAUCAGAAACUGGAAUUUUUAUAUUGCUAUGAAAAUAUUGAAAAACUUCAGGAACAAAUGGAGUUUAGUGGGCACAUACUUUGAACAAUCAAGAAUCAAUGGUUGGGACCAGAGCUGUGGUGUAGUGGGUUAAGCUGCCAUCUGCUACACCAGCAUCCCAUGUGAGUGCCAGUUUAAGUCCCGGCUGCUCCACUUCUGAUCCAGCUCCCUGCUGAUGUGCCUGGGAAAGCAGGGGAAGAUGACCCAAGUGCUUGGGUGCCUACACCCACAUGGGAGACCCUGAAGAAGCUCCUGACUCCUGGCUUUGAAUUGGCCCAGCUCUGGCCACUAUGACCAUUUCGGACAAAACCAGUAGAUGGAAGACCUCUCUCUCUCUCUGUUCCUCCCUCUCUCUAACUAUGCCUCUCAAAUAAAUAAGUAAAUCUUUAAAAUGAAUUAGUGGUUGAUUGGGUGUUUUUUUUUCUUUUCCAAUUUUUUAAAUUUAUAUAAUGGGAACAAGCCAGGAACCAGAAGCUUCUUCCAGGUCUCCCACACGAGUGCAGGGACCCGAGCACUUGGGCCAUCAACCACUGCUUUCCCAGGCCGUAAGCAGAGAGCUGGAUCGGAAGAGGAGCAGCCAGGACAUGAACUACCAUCUAUAUGGGAUGCUGGCACCACAGGCAGAAGCUUAACCUACUACGCCUUAGUGCCAGCCCUAUAUAUAGUUCUAUGAACAUAAUAUUUACCACCCAACCCUCCUUCCCUUCCUCAUUCCCACCCCCCCUCCUCGUUCCUUUCUUAUUUUAAUUUUUGCAAUGACCUACUUUCUUAAAAAAAAAAAAAAAAACCUAGUUUAGCAGGAAUAUAUACAACAGCAUAAACAAUAAUUGAAUGAAAAAAUGACCAUGUACAGUAAAUUUUGAAGUAAUCACAGAUCAUUAAACUAUAGUAGCAUAACAUUGUUAACCAUUGGUUUGACAAAGAUAUAAAACAGGCCAGCACCGUGGCUCACUUGGCUAAUCCUCCACCUGCAGUGCUGGUACCCCAGGUUCUAGUCCCAGUUGGGGCGCCGAUUCUGUCCCGGUUGCUCCUCUUCCAGUCCAGCUCUCUGCUGUGGCCCGGGAAGGCAAUGGAGGAUGGCCCAAGUGCUUGGGCCCUGCACCCGCAUGGGAGACCAGGAGGAAACACCUGGCUCCUGGCUUUGGAUCUGCGCAGCACGCUGGCCAUAGCGGCCACUUUGGGGAGUGAACCAACGGAAGGAAGACCUUUCUCUCUCUCUCUCUCACUGUCUAAUUCUGCCUGUCAAAAAAAAAAAAGUUUUAAAAAACUAUAUUUGGUGGGGCCGGCACUGUGGUGUAGCGGGUUAACACCCUGGCCUGAAGUGCUGGCAUCCCAUAUGGGCGCCGGUUCGAGACCCAGCUGCUUCAUUUCCAAUCCAGCUCUCUGCUAUGGCCUGGGAAAGCAGUAGAAGAUGGCCCAAGUCCUUGGACCCCUGCACCUGUGUGGGAGACCCGGAGGAAGCUCCUGGCUCCUGGCUUCGGAUCGGCACAGCUUUGGCCAUUGCAGCCAGUUGGGUUUGAACCAGUGGAUGGAAGACCUCUCUCUCUCUCUCUCUCUUCCUCUCUGUAACUCUGCCUUUCAAAUAAAUAAACCUUUUAAAAAAAAAAAAGAGUAUAUGCAGCAGUACUGAUACAGACCUUUGUCUUAAUAAUUUCUUUUUUUUUUAUUUUUAUUUAUUUAUUUAUUUAUUUAUUUAUUUAUUUAUUUUUAUUUUUGACAGGCAGAGUGGACAGUGAGAGAGAGAGACAGAGAGAGAAAGGUCUUCCUUUUGCCGUUGGUUCACCCUCCAAUGGCCGCCGCUGCAGCCGGCGCACCGCGCUGAUCCGAUGGCAGGAGCCAGGAUCCAGGUGCUUUUCCUGGUCUCCCAUGGGGUGCAGGGCCCAAGCACCUGGGCCAUCCUCCACUGCACUCCCUGGCCAUAGCAGAGAGCUGGCCUGGAAGAGGGGCAACCGGGACAGAAUCCGGCGCCCCAACCGGGACUAGAACCCGGUGUGCCGGCGCCGCAAGGUGGAGGAUUAGCCUAUUGAGCCACGGCGCCGGCCCAGACCUUUGUCUUAAAUUUUAGCUCCCACGUAUAAGAGGAGAACAAGUGGUAUUUGUCUUUCUGUGUAUGGCUAAUUUCACUCAAUGUGAUAUCCUCCAGUUAUAUCCAUUUUGCUGCAAAUGGUAGAAUCUCAUCCAUUUUUAUAGCUGAAUUUAUCAUGGUGUAUAUAUGCCACAUUUUUUCUGAUGAUGGACACCUUGGUAGAUUGCAAAUUUUGGCAGUUGUGAACCGUACUUCUGUAAACAUGAUGGUAACCCGUACACUUUGGGUGUCCAGGCAUCCACUUCACAGAACUCCACCCCCAGCCUGCCUGGACCAUUGCAGCUGCUUUCUGAUGGUCCACCCGGGCCAUACUUGUGAGCCUCAAAUCCUGACUCCACCCAGUCACCACGAUCUACCUGAAGCACAGAUCUCGGCCUGAUCAGUCUCUCUUGCACCUACCGUCUGCUCUCCUCACUGGGCCCCAGGCCUUCCUGAACGGCUCUGUGGCUCCUAGCUGGGCCCUGACCAUGCCAGCACCUGCCACACUGCUUCUGGCCUUGACACCCUUUCCCGUGCUGUCCCCGUGCCGUUGUCUGAACAUGACUGGCUCCCCAGCUCAUCAGAUAUGCAAACCCCAAAGUCUUAGGUUUAUGUUGCUGAGAGGGUAGAAACUGAAUCCAUAUACAGCGUCUGAAGGUAAGGCCUUCAGGAAGUGAUCGGUGGGGUUAGGUUGUUAGGGUCGAGCCCCCAUGAACGAAUCCUGGUAGCUUUGUAAGGAGUGCCCACAAGACCACUUGCUUCUUGUCUCUCUGCUUACUGGCUCACAGUGUGAUCCACCCCUGCACACGCUCCACCACCCACCACCCUCAUCAGACGCCAGACCAGUGGUGCUGCCGGAUCUUGGACUAUGAACCUCUAAAACCAUGAGCCAAAAUAAAACUUCCUUUGUCAGUAGCCUGUGUCAGCUGUUGGUCAUAGUAACAAACAGCUGCCCAAUGUCCCCCUCCAACUGCCAUGCCCUUCCACCCUGACACAGGUUGUUCCUUACAGCUCAGCUCAGUCAUUUGCCAUUGGGAAGUCUUUCUGGUCCUCUCUGCUCCCAUAACACUCUUUAAAAAAAAAUGUAUUUAUUUAUUUGACAGGCAGAGGCAGAGAGAGAGAGAGGUCUUCCAUCUGCUGGUUCACUCCCCAGAUGGCUGCAAUGACCAGAGCUGAGCUGAUCCAGAGCCAGGAGCCAGGAACAACUUCUGGGUCUCCCACAUGGGUGCAGGUGCCCAGUGACUUGGCCAUCUGCCAUAGCAGAGAGCUGGAUCAGAGUGGAGCAGCAGGGACUCGAACGGCACCCAUAUGGGAUGCUGGCACUGCAGGCGGAGGCUUUACCUGCUACGCCAUGGCGCCACACCCCCACCCCAACCCCCACCCCUGUAACACUCUUGAACCUGAUUUUAUUGUUGCACUUACAUCAGGCCAUGCCAGCACCUAUUCCUGUGUCUGUUUUCCCAACAGUAAGCUGCUGAGAAUGGGAACUGGGUGCUGUGUUGAGUCCCCUGGCUUAGCCAAGUCCCUGGCAUAUUAUAAGCUGAACCAAUGCAUGUUGAGUGAACGUUGAAGGAAGGAAAUCUGGCUCCUAGAAGGAGCAUCAGGUAUUAGCAGCACCCAUUGUUACUCCACCUGCCUUAUAAAUUAUUUCAGAAUGUUGAAAUAUUUUAGGAAAGAACAAGAACUACAUUUGCAUAAGUCCAUUAUUUAAUUUUUACUCAGUUACACCUCCACCAGCCUCCAAGUUAGUUGAGACAACCUAUAAAAAUAUGUCAGGGGCAAGUGUUUGACCUAGAGGUUAUGGUGCUCAUGUCCCAUGGCAGAGGACCUGGGUUCCAUUCCCAGAUCUGCUCCUGAUAACGUAGACAGCAGUGAUGACCCAAGUGGUGGGUUCUGAACCAACAUAGGAGACCUGGAAUGUGGUCCUGGGCCCUGGCCAGGCUAAACCAUUGCUGGCAUUUGGGGAGUGAACCAGUUGAUACCUAUCCAUGUCUCUCUCUCCUCCCUCUCUCUCUCCCAAAUUCAAAGCAAAAAAACCUUUAACAGACUCCUGCUUGUAUGUUACUGCCCAGGACCAGUCACAGGGCCCCCUCUGACUUCUUUAGAAGCUGGGAAAGUAAGUGCACAGGUGGACUUUCCAGGCCUUAUACUCCAAGUGUCAAUAAAAGGCUGCUGGAAGCGACUGGACAGCCUCCCUGUCUGCCACUGCCGGGGGAAAGCAUUUAACAUUCAUUCAUUAAGCUGUUUCUGUUUAUGACCCAGGAACCUUACCUCACUAGCGACAGUCCAUCUUUUCAAGUUAUAAAAUACUUGAACAUUAUUUAUGGGGAAAAAAUUAAUUCUUGAGACCCCCCCCCCCAGCAACAGAUGGCUCAGAAUGCUGAGGGUGCCAGUGCAGUGUGCCACUCAGAACUCCCGUGAGUGCCAGCACCUGGGUGGGUGUUGGGGCACAGCAGGUGAAGACGCCCACAUCCCAUAGCAGAGUGCUGGUUCCAGUCCUGGACCUCUGCUCCCGAACCAGCAUCCUGAUAAUUUGCCUAGGAAUAGUGGCACAAGUACUUGGGUUCCUGUCACCAAUAUGGGAGACCUGGCCGGAGUUUCUGGCUCCUGGCUUCAGGCUGACCCAGUCUGGGCUGUUGCAGACACUGGGGUAGUAAGCCAGUGGGUGAAAGAUUUCGUUGUCUUUUUUUCUCUCCUUUUUUCUCUCCCUUCUCCUCUCCCAUGUUGGUCUGCUUUUCAAAUGAGUAAACAUUAAAAAAAAAAAGCGCCAGAGAAGGAUGCUGGUCCAAUUUCUGUCUUAUCCUCUUUAUGGCCAGGGGAUGGGGUCCUGCAAUUGGCCCUUCUGGGACAGAUACCCACCCUGUGAGGGAAAUGAGGUACAAGGAUUAGCCACCCUAGCAGAGGCCCUAAGUCAGGAUGAGUAAGAAGCAAGCCCUAAAGGAACAGAGGUACUGAUGCCACAAGCAUCCGUAGGGCAGGGACCAACACUGCACAAGAAAAACAGCAGCCUUCACCACACUGUAGCUGACUCCACCCUCUGAGCUGCCCUCCUCCACUGAGAAUGAGAUCAGUGGGCGGGAGACCCCAUUUGCAAAAGCUGUGGGAAAGUGAGACCCUGCAUUGCCUCCUACAGACAGUAGAACUACUCAGGCCUAAACAAGGCUGUGUCCUCACAGCUCUCUGUGAACAGUGACUGCUCCAGGUGUGGAAAAGGCACCAUUCCACAGGGGGCCACACUUCAUCAGUGGCCAUGCCAGCCUGAGACCCAUUCGCUCUCCACACAGUCCCCCGGGACCCAAGAAGCAGCUCUUGUGGCCCUUGCACAUGCCGUCUUCCUGACAGUGUGGCCUGUAGCAACGUGCUGCGCCACGAGCCAGCUCUUGCCCACGAAUUGCUCCUGAUCCCUGCUGGUAGUACAGAAACCACACCUGGUUACUGAGGCUUGGUGUACAAUACCGACUUUGUGAUAGCCAGGAGUGCCGGCCCUCCUGGGAAGCUGUGACCAUGAUUCUGCAUGACAUGAUGGGUCUCACAUCACACAACAGAAGUCAUUCAGGAUCAACUCCCACUUGGGGGCCUGUGUGCCAGGGAUUUCUCUAUUUUUCAUCUAAUUUAAUCUCCAAAAUAAGCAUAGCAAUUAGAUAUUCCCAUUGAUUGAUCAGAAAAAUUCUCACAAGUCAAGUAGGGGAGCAAACCCUGAAUGUUAACCCAAACUUCUUGGUUCUGGUCUAUUUAUUUAUUUGAAAGGCAGAGUUACAGAGGCAGGGAGAGGAACAGAGAGAGAUCUAGCCGCUAGCUCACUCCUCAAAUGGCUGCAAUGGCAGAUCUGAAGCCAGGAGCUUCUUCCAGAUCUCCCACAUGGGUUCAGGGGCCAAAGGACUCAGGCCAUCUGCUGCUUCUUUCCCAGGCACAUUAGCAGGGAGCUGGAUCAGAAGUGGACCAGCCCGGACUUGAACUGGCAGCCAUAUGGAGUGUUACUGCAGGCAGCAGCUUUACCCACUAUGCCACAGCGCUGGCCCCGGUUUUGAGCUAUAUCAGUUUCCACAGCUGCCACACCACCAGCCCCUCCUAAGGGACUUUAAUUUAAAAGAAAAAUUUCUGGCACUCUGGUGCAGUGGGUUAAGCUCCUGCCCACAGUGCCAGCAUCCCAUAUGUGUGCCACUUCUGAUCCAGCUCCCUAAUGUGCCUGGGAAAGCAGCAGAAAAUGGCCCAAGUCCUUGAGCCCCUGCACCCAUGUGGGAGACCUGGAUGAAGUUCCUGGCCCAUCCUCAGCUGAUGCAGUCAUUUGGGGAGUGUAUCAGCAGAUGCGUGAUCUCUCCGUCACCCUGCCUUUCAAAUAAGUGAAUAAAUUUUGGAGAGAGAGACCAUCCAUCCACUGGUUCACUCCCCAAAUGCCUGUAAUAGCCAGAGCUGGGCCAGGCCAAAGCUGGGCUCUCCUGUCCAAGUCUCCAGCAUGAGUGGCCAAACCCACAUAUUUGGGCCAUCAUCUGCCACCUUCCCAGGCAUGAUAGCUGGAAGCUGCAUCAAAGCAGGCAGGUCUCUAAUCAGGCAACCCAGUGUGGAAUGCAGGCAGUCCAAGAGGGGGUUGCCUCCCACAUGGAGACCCAGAUGAAGUCCUAUUUCCUGGCUCUGGGCUUAGCCCAGAACUGGCUGUUGUGGCUAUUUGGGGGAUUAACCAGUAGAUGGAAAAUCUAUCUGUCCCUCUCUGUUGCUCUGCCUUUUAAAUAAGCAAAUAAAUAAAUAUUUAGGGAAAAAAACCCUAAUAUACCUCUAAGGUUUACCAGAAACUCUGCUGAAGAGAAUGCACAAGAUUUGGGGACGGCGCUGUGGUAGAGCAGGUGAAGUCGCUGCCUGCAGUGCUGGCAUCCCGUACGGGCGCUGGUUUGAGACCUGGCUGCUCCACUUCCAAUCCAGCUCUCUGCUGUGGACUGGGAAAGCAGUAGAAAAUGGCCCAAGUUCUUGGGAGGCCCAGAAGAAGCUGCUGGCUCCUGGCUUCAGAUCAGCUCAGCUCUGGCCAUUGCGGCCCCUGGAGAGUAAACCAGCAGAUGAAAGACCUCUCUUUCUCUCUCUCUGCCUCUCCUUCUCUCUCUGUGUGACUCUCUUUAAAAUAAAUAAAUAAAUAUUUUUUUAAAAAUGCACAAGAUUUUGCACUAGUCACAGCAAGACCUAAAGCUCCAUCUGACACUUAGAACCCCAGAGUGCUAUCACAUGAGCCUACAGCUUGGGAGAGGAAAACUCUGAAAUGGGCAGGUUGCUUCAGAAGGGAAGAUUGGGGUUGGAGGCAACGCCAGUGGAAGAUGGCCCAAGUAGUUGGGCUCUUGCUACCCAUGUGGAAGACCCAGAUGGAAUUCCUAGCUCCUGUCUUCAAUCUGGCCCAAACCUGGUGGUUGCGGCCAUCUGGGGGCAUGAACCAGCAGAUGGAAGAUCUGUCUAUCUCCCCGUCUCUGACACUCUGCCUUUCAAAUAAAUAAAUCUUCAGGGAGGGCAGGUAUGAUGGGAAGAAUCACUAUAUUCCUAAAGUUGUACUUAUGAAAUUUGUACUCAUUAAAUAAAUGGUUUCUUUGGGAAAAAAAUAAAAUAAAAACAAAUCUUUAAAAAUAACAAAGAAAGGGAGAUGGGAGGGCAUUAGGCACCGUGGUUAAGAUGCCACUUGGGAUGUCCAUGUCCAUAUCAGAGUGCCACGGGCAGGUCCCAGCUCCUCCACUUCCAGGCCAGCUCCUCUGAGGCACACCUGGCAGGCAGUGGUUAUGGCCCCCACCCAUGUGGGAGGCUUCAACUGUGUUGGGCUCUUGGCUUUGGCCUGGCCCAGCCCUGGCUGUUGGCAGCCAUUUGGGGAGUGAACAUCCAUUUCAUAAACAUUUUGUUUUAUUUUUUAUUUGGAAGUCGGAGAGACAGAGAGCUGUUGUCUGGUGCUUUGCUCCCCUAAUGCCUACAAUAGCCAACACUGGAUCAGGCCAAAGCCAGGAGCUACAAGCUCUAUCGGUGUUUCCCAUGUGGGGGCAGGGACCCUGGUACUUGAGGCAUGACUUGCAAACUCCCAGAAUGGACCAGCAGGAAGCUGGAACUGGGAGUAUUUGUAGAACUCCGUUCCAUAUGGGAUGUAGCAUGUGGGCAGUCUUGGCUGCUGCACCAGAUGCCUGCCCCGUGUGAUCUGCACAAACACACCGUUCCUGUUUCCACUGUGGAGGCACAAACACAUUAUCUCGAAGAAUGAAAAAAGUUGGGGGGAACAGCCCUGGGUUUUGUGCCAUGUGUUACUUGUCAGUCCUCCAUGUCCUUGUCAGGUGGAAUCACAGCUCCUUCAGCUUGAAUAUUUUGAUUCAUGAGAUGAACUCUGAAAUGUGGUGGUAGGUAGACUCACCUAUGCCACACUUUUAAAUGAUACAAAGUUGUCGAAAGGGUUUUGGGGGCCAGUGCUAUGGCUUAGUAGCUUAAGCCUCCAUCUGUGGCAUCCCCUAUGGGCACCGGUCCAAGUCCCAGCUGUGUCUCUUCUGAUCCAGUUCUGCUGUGGCCUGGGAAAGCAGCAGAAGAUGGCCCAAGUGCUUGGGCCCCUGCACCCACAUGGGAGACCCGGAAGAAGCUCCUGGCUUUGGAUCAGCCUGGCUGCGGCCAUUGCUGCCAUUUGGGGAGUGAACCAGCAGAUGGAAGACUCUCUCUCUCUCCCUCUGUAACUCUGCCUUCAAAUAAAUAAAUACAUAUUUUUAAAAAGAUUUAUUUAUUUUGAGAGGCAGAGUCACAGAGGGAGAAUCUUUCAUCUGCUGGUUCACUCCCCAAAUGGCAGGAACGGCUAGAGCUGAGCCAAUCUGAAGUCAGGAGCCUGGAGCCAGGAGCUGGCACUGCAGGGGGUGGCCCCAAUAAAUAAAAGCAUAAACAAACAAACAAACAAAAAAGGGUUUUGAAUGUAGAGGCCACAUGCUGUAUGCUGCUGCCCAGAGCAUGACAUUGCCAAGGAGAUUAGAACUCCCUGAAACUAGCCGGCGCCGCGGCUCACUAGGCUAAUCCUCCGCCUAGCGGGUUCUAGUCCCGGUUGGGGCGCCGGAUUCUGUCCCGGUUGCCCCUCUUCCAGGCCAGCUCUCUGCUGUGGCCCGGGAGUGCAGUGGAGGAUGGCCCAGGUGCUUGGGCCCUGCACCCACAUGGGAGACCAGGAAAAGCACCUGGCUCCUGGCUCCUGCCAUCGGAUCAGCGCGGUGCGCCGGCCGCAGCGCGCCGGCCGCGCCGGCCAUUGGAGGGUGAACCAACGGCAAAAGGAAGACCUUUCUCUCUGUCUCUCUCUCUCUGUCUCUCUCUCACACUGUCCACUCUGCCUGUCAAAAAAAAAAAAAAAAAACAAAAACAAAAAACAAAAAAAAAAAACAAAAAAAAAAACAAACUCCCUGAACCUGGUACUCGCUGUCUCCACUGGCCGCUGAGCUCUGCACGCAGCACAUCACUUGCCUCAGCGUCUUCCAGCAGACGGAAGAUCCCUGAGGUGAGACAUCUACACGAUGUGCGUCUCUGCCAAGUCUGGAACACCACAGGUGUCUGCCAAGUCUGGAACACCACGGGUGUUUGCUAAGUCUGGAACACCAAGGGUGUUUGCUAAGUCUGGAACACCACGGGUGUUUGCGAUGUGCGAAGUUUCCAGUAACUUCUUCUUGCUCAGUUCUACUUAACAACGCGCCUUCCCCUAGUUGUAGAGGCAGAAUGUAGAAUUAAGCACAGAUGGAUCCUGAUCCACCUGUCCCAUCCCUACCGCCUCUGUACACCUUGUCCCAGAGUCAGCCGAGAAGCAAAAGAGGGACAAAGAAGCAAAUAUCCCUUCCCAUCCGUUAUGCUGAUCCGGCUCUUUGCAGGAGGGGUGGGCGAUUUCCCAAGGAGGAGUUCUGUGGGCGCGAAGGGGUGUGAGCAGAACGGGGGGAAGGCAAGCCCUUGUAACAGGGCUUGGAGGAGAGUUCAGAGCUGUCGGGAUCAAGCAUUACAGGGCCAGGAGGCCCAGCCCGAGCACCCACAGCGGGGCCAGCACUGAAAGGGUGACCCAUUCAUGGCAAGGUGUCCACACCCAGGUAUCUGGCCCCUGGCCGACUGGCCGGGUUGGCAGGUGACCCCUGGCUUAAACUAGACAGAAAGGAACUGUCAGCCCCCAGGCCAGCCAAGCAGAGGGACCUGCUCAUUCCUCUUCCACUUUCUGUUUCUGAAGCACUUACCCCACCCCUGCCUGGGGGUGUCUGAGGGUAAGAGCACCUCUGGGCACCCAAGGGGCCAGCGGGACCUGUUCUUCCACUGGCAGAUCACGAGGCUGUUUGGGUGGAUCUGUGUUGGUCAAGACAGAAAUGGAGCAGCAGUGGAGGGCAGAGCCAUGGCACCCACCCGGCAUUGUGCCCACUUCUCUGCAGUCCCCAAGGAGUGCAGGGAGGGCUGGACACAACCCCACUUCUCACCAUUCUUUGAAUUUUGCUUCUUUUAACCUUCCAGUCUUCUUCCCUUUCAAGUUCGGCCGCAUUCCCACCUAAUGAAAGGCUGGAAACGUCGCUGUGAACGCUUCAGGGUGAAGCUCUAAUGAUGGUCAUCAUUCUCUUUCCUAAUUCUGCUCAGGGGAAAUAAAACAGUGUGACUCCCAACCACGAAAGCCAUUUCCAGCUGGAGACCUGAAACAGCCCUCACUGGCCAGUAGAUGGCGCCAAAGGUCAGUCCCUUUCCGCCUUGGGAUUCCCAGCACCUGGUGCAGUUCCAACACUGGCCAGCCCUUCACCCUGCACACAGGAGGCCACAAUCCCCACCCUGUGCUGCCAGAGGAGGAGGCGGAUUUGUAGGAUAAAGGCAAGAGAGAGACGGAAACUAAUUUCAUCCCAGCUGCGGAGGAAGCAUCUAGAGCUGGUUUCCAAGUGGGGAUCAGCAGACGAGUGUUCCUGGAGGAGAGAAAGGCAUUGCAAGAGAAGAGACGGUGGGGCCUGCCGGGUGGCACUGGGGCUGAGCUGCUGCGUGUGAUCCGGGGAAUCCCAUCUCCAGCUUCUCGCUAAUGUGCCCUGGAAGGCAGCCAACAUGCGGGACCUGGCCCAGCCCUGCUUGUUGUGGGCAUUUGAGGGUGAACCAGCAGAUGGAAGAUACCUCUCUCUUUCUGUCACUCUUCCUUUCAAAUAAACAAAUCUUAAUGUA